AUGGGGUACGCGUCGAACUGGGAUACUUCAUUUAGUCGCCGGAAGUCGUUGCAAAACCUUGUGGUGCUGCCAUCCUCCCAGGUGCUACCACAGCCAGACGCCACAGUGGUUACACUGCACCUGGUAGAAGGGGUCAGACCCGGCUCAGUGAUUGGCUCGGUGGCGCCGCCUGAGGGCUCUGCACAGGGGCAUCUGACUUACACUCUCCUGGGAGGCGGUGGGGAUGGCACUUUUGUGGUGGACAGCAUGACAGGGGAGAUAUAUGUAGCGCGGGAGCUGGACUACGAGGUUGGGGCACAGCACACACUGCAUGUCAGUGCCGAGGACACACAGCGCGGCUACCCUGCCAGCCGGCUGGUGCUGGUGCAGAUCCAAGUGCAGGACUGUAACGACCAGGCACCUGCCUUUCCCGAGGACCCCAUCACUGUUGUGGUGCCCGAGAACACCCAGGCCGGCACAUCCAUCUUCACCUUCCAGGCUCUAGAUGGAGAUGGUGCUGGCCCCAACAGCCAGGUGUGCUACAGGCUGCUGCACCAGGAGCCUCCUGGCUCCCACUUCCAGCUGGAUGCCCACUCUGGACUGCUGAGCCUCCAGCAGGGGCUGGACCGCGAGGCUGCCCCCUCCUUUCUGCUGGUGGUGGAGGCCACAGACCAGGCCCGCAAUGUUAGCCAGCGCCGCUCCGCUGCCAUCACUGCCCGUGUCUUUGUGACAGAUGAGAAUGACAACGUGCCCGUCUUCCUCUCGCCAGCCACCGUUAGCAUCAGGGAGGACCAGCCCACUGGCUUUAUGGUGCUGCAUGUGGUGGCACGGGAUGGGGACCUGGGUGAGAAUGGGCGGGUGAGCUACACGGUGCAGGCAGGCAACGCUGAGGGCCGGUUCCACCUGAACCCCAGCACAGGUGCCCUCUCCAUUGUGCGUGCUCUGAACCGUGAGGAGGUGUCUCAGCACAACCUGACAGUGGUGGCCAUGGACCACGGCUUCCCGCGCUGCUCGUCCACGCAGCUGCUGACAGUGCUGGUGCUGGACGUUAAUGAUGAGGCACCUGCCUUCGAGAGGGCUGAGUAUGAGGCCAGUGUCAUGGAGAAUCUGCCAGCGGGCAGCCCUGUGCUGCAGCUGCUGGCCACAGACUGCGACCUGGGGGCCAAUGGGCAUGUAUCAUAUGGGGGCCUUUCUGGGGGUCCCUUCUCCAUCCACCCACAGACUGGACUUGUCACCACCAUGCAGUCCCUGGACCGGGAGAGGCGGGAGCAGCACGUGCUAACAGUCUAUGCCCGGGAUGGUGGCCUGCCCUCCAACCUGGCCAAAGUGACAGUGCGGAUCUUAGUGGGAGAUGAAAACGACCAUGCUCCGCUCUUCGAGAGCGAGUCCUGCUCCUUGGAGGUGCCUGAGAACCAGAGCCGCGUGGCGCUCUACACCCUGCGGGCCACAGACUUGGAUGCGGGCGAGAACGGGCGCCUGGAGUACCAUGUGAUGGAUGGAGACCCUGCCCAGGAUUUCAUCCUGGACCCUGCUUCUGGUGUGUUCUCCACCUCGCGCAGCCUGGACCGAGAGCUGGUGGCCUCUUACCAGCUGACUGUGGUGGCACGAGACCACGGCACACCCCAGCGCAGUGCCACUAUGUCUCUGAGUGUGCGGGUGCUGGACCUCAAUGACAAUGCACCACGCUUUGCACAGGCAGCCUACACUGUGGAGGUGCCUGAGGACCUGCCCGUCGGGGCACUGGUCCUGCAGCUGGUGGCACUGGACCCAGAUGAGGGCACCAACGGGCAAGUCUCCUACUAUCUGGGCAAUGAGUCGCUGGGCAUGUUCCAGAUGGAACCACAGAGUGGGCGCAUCACCAGUGCCCAGGCCCUGGACCGUGAGCGCCGCCCCACUUACAGCUUCCUGGCCAAAGCCGUGGACUUGGCAUCCUGGGAGCCCAAGAGUGCAACCGUGCGUGUCACAGUCACCGUGCGAGAUGUCAACGACCAUGUGCCUGCCUUCCUGCACAGCCCACUCUCCGUCAAUCUCUCCCGCUACACGCCACCUAAGCAGGUGGUGGCCACUAUGCAGGCUGAGGACAAAGAUGCAGGUGCCAACGCCUCCAUCCUGUACCGGUUUGCCACACCCAAUCCCAGCUUCGCCAUCAAUUCCUACACUGGCGCCAUCCAGUUGCUGCAGCCCCUAGGCUCUCUCAGUCAGCGCCAGCGCACCCUCUUCAUCCUGGCCACAGACUUGGGCCAACCAGCCCUCUCCUCCACUGGUGUGGUGGUGAUCUACCUUCAGGAAGAGAGCUACCGGGGUGUGCAUUUCCCCCACAGCACCAGAGACGUGGCCAUACCUGAGAAUGCCGCCACAGGCACUGCAGUGGUGAGCAUCCAGGCCAUACAUGCAGGGGGCUCCUCGGGGCGCAUCACCUACAGCAUCGUGAGUGGCAAUGAGAAGAAUGCUUUCCUCAUCCAGCCCAACUCAGGUGCCAUCUCGGUGCAGGACUCCAGCAGCCUGGACUUCGAAUCAAGCCCUCGGCUGCGCCUCGUGGUUCAAGCAGAGACUGCCACCUCCUUUGGCUUCAUGGCUGUGAACCUCAACCUGCAGGAUGUGAAUGACAACUUGCCACGCUUCCAGCUGCAGAAUUACGUGGCCUUUAUCUGGGAGUCACAGAGCUACGACUCCCCUGUCAUACAGGUUUUGGCUGACGACCUGGAUCAGGGUGCAAAUGGUCAGGUGACCUAUGCCAUCAACCAAUCGCUGCCCAUGAACGGGCUGUACCACAUUGAUGCCCAGAUAGGGACCAUCACCACUGCAGCCAUUCUGGACAGGGAGAUCUGGUCGCAGACCCGGCUGGUGGUGACAGCGAUGGACAGAGGGAACCCGCCCCUUAUUGGCUCGGCCACGCUGACUGUGGUGGUGAUGGACGUAAAUGAUAACAGCCCCACCAUCCCCCCACCCUGGGAGGUGCGGGUGCCCGAGAACACCCUACUGGGCACUGACAUCACCCAGGUGACGGGGAACGACGUGGACUUAGGCCCAGCGCUCUCCUACACGCUGGUGCCGGAUGGGGGCGCAGCAGGAACCUUCAGCAUCCUGCGCUACGGGGGCCACAUUGCCCUAACAGCACCACUGGACUACGAGCAGUGCAGCCAUUAUGUCCUAACCAUCCGCUCCUCCGACUCCCGGCACGAGACUGAGGCCAACCUCACUGUCAUCGUGGAAGAUAUCAACGACAACGCACCCACCUUCAGCCAGGGCCUCUACCAGGUGACAUUGCUGGAACACACGCCAGCAGGCAGCACCAUCCUCACCGUCAGUGCCACAGACAGGGACUCUGGCAGCAAUGGGAAGCUCACCUACCACCUGGCUGUGCCCAGCUCCGACAUCUCCAUCAACCCCAGCAAUGGAACGCUGUUCACCUCUCGCCGGGUGGAGCUGGACGCAAACCAGCCCACGCUGGACCUGGUGGUAGAGGUGCAUGACCACGGCUCUCCCAGUCUCUCGGCCUGGACCACAGUGCAGAUCCAGGUGCUGGAUGUGAAUGACCACAGCCCCACCUUCCAGCAGGCGCACUACAAUACCUGUGUCCCUGAGGACCUGCGCCCGGGCACCACUGUGCUGACGCUAGAGGCGGGUGACGCUGACCUGUCCCGGGAGAACGCCGGCUUCGACUACACCAUCGUCAGUGGCAACAGUGGCAAUGCCUUCCAGGUGGAGAGCCACAUGGGCUGGUCUCAGGGGCACUUGCGCACGCAGGGAGCCCUAGUGCUGGUGGAGGCACUGGACUUCGAAGCCGUCCCCAUCUACAACUUGACAGUGGCAGCCUCAGACCGGGGUGUGCCGCAGCGCAGCACGACCGUGCCAGUGCUUGUCACCGUGCUGGAUGUCAACGACAAUCCGCCGGUCUUUGCCCGGGCCGAGUACCACACAGCCGUGAGUGAGAGCACCCCCCUGGGCACCGAGCUGCUGCGGCUGGCAGCCCAUGAUGCCGACUCGGGCCCCUAUGGCCAAGUGCGCUACAGCAUCAGUUCUGGCGACCAGCGCAGGCUCUUCCAGCUGCAUGAGGCCACAGGAGCCCUGCGCCUGGCACAGUCCCUGGACCGAGAGACCCAGGCCCUGCACAGCCUGGUGGUGCAGGCAUCUGAUGGCCCUGGUGGGCACUUUGCCCUGGUGCCCAUCACCAUUGAAGUGAAGGACAUCAACGACAACAUACCCUACUUCCCGAUGGAGACACUGAGUGCCAGUGUGCGGGAGAACCUGCCGCCAGGCACUCUGGUCACCACUCUGCAUGCCAUCGACGCCGACACCGGGGUCUUCGGGGAGCUGCGCUACACUGUGCUGGAGCAGGCAGUGGGGGAGGUGGGAGCCCCUGAAGGCAGGGAUGUCUUCUUCAUCAACCGGACCUCCGGGGAGCUGCGCUCCCGCCUUGCCUUUGACUAUGAGCGUGCCAAGGCUUUCCAGCUACUGGUGCAGGCCACGGAUGCCGGCAACGCCUCAGCCACCGUCACUGUGCGGGUGCUGGUGACCGGUGAGGAUGAGUACAGUCCUGUCUUCCUGAGUCCGGACUUCAGCUUCCAGGUGCCUGAGGGCGCCCACAAAGGCCAGAGCAUUGGCCGGGUGCUAGCCACCGACGAGGAUGAGGGUGUGGACGGCGUGGUGCUCUACUCUUUAACUAAGCCCUCACCAUACUUUGGGGUCAACCAGACCACCGGCACCAUCUACCUGCGCGUGGACAGCCAGCCGCAGCCAGUAGGGCGGGCCAAGCGGGAGCCGCGGGAGAUGAACCUAGAGGUGCAGGCCCGCAGCCCCCUUCUUUCCUCCCGCUCAGCAUCUGCUCAGGUCUCCAUUGACGUCACUCACACCUCCUUCGGCCUGGUGCCGGACCUCAACUUGCUGCUGGUGGUAGCUGUGGCUGCCUCCCUGGGUGUGGUGGUGGUGCUGGCCACCGUAGCCAUCAUCUUGGUCCUGGUCCGCUCCUGGCACCAGCAGGGACACAAGAAGACAGAGCAGGACUCACAGCUCAACCGCAUGCAGAGUGACUCCUUGCAGAAGCUAGGCCAUGAGGAGCCGGUACUGCCCGGCAGUGACCACAUCUAUCACCAGGCCCUGCCAGGCUAUGGCAGCGAGUCGGCCGGACCAUACCCGCGGGGGGGCUCCCUGGACCCCUCUCACUCCAGUGGGCGUGGCUCAGCCGAGGCAGCCGAGGACGAUGAGAUCCGGAUGAUUAACGAAUACCCACGUGUGGCUAGCAUCACCUCCUCCAUGCAGGAGCACAUCUCAGCCCGCGGCCCCGACUCAGGCAUCCAGCAGGACGCUGACCAGCUCUCUGACAUCUCCUGUGAGCCUACCACCCUGGAGAGCGCCCAGUGGUUCAAGAGCAAGAAGGUCUCCAGCCUGCUGCUGCCUGGGCAGCCGCCCCAUCUGUACCGUGAGGAUGGGGGCAGUAGCACCUUCCUGGGCGUGGGCUGUGGCCUGAGCGUCUCCUCCCACCCCAAGGACUACACCUUCCCUGAGGACGGCAAGCCCUCUGUGGAGGGCUCCCUCACCGCCGUCGUGGCCAGUGAGGAGGAGCUCCGCGGUAGCUACAACUGGGAUUACCUGCUGAACUGGUGCCCCCAGUUCCAGCCCCUGGCCAGCGUCUUCACCGAGAUCGCCCGUCUCAAGGAUGAGAGCUCCCUGCGCAAGCCCUUCCAAGCCAAGCCCAAGGCAGAGCCCAAGCCCCGCAUUGAUCCUCCGCCCCUCAUCACCUCGGUGGCCCAUCCCGGGGCCAAGUCAGUGCCCCCCAAGCCAGCAGUGGGCAGGACCUUUCCGCACCUGUCCUCCCUGCGCCGCUCACCCAUCAGCCACGAGGGGUCCAUCUCCUCCUCAGCCAUGUCGCCCAGCUUCUCGCCCUCGCUAUCCCCACUGGCCGCCCGCUCCCCAGUGGUGUCACCUUUCGGUGUCUCCCAGGGGCCCUCAGCCUCUGCCAUCAGCGCCGAGCACUCGCUGGAGCUGCCUGAGGAAGCUGAGCUCAGGAUUUAACCCCAGGCUCCCAUGGACUCUCAACCCCUCCUGCUAUUCUCUGCAGCCUCCAGGCAAAGCAGGGGCGGGGGCAGAAGGGCUGGAUC